AAUGCUCUUCGUAUCAAAUACCACACACUCAUAUAAACUCUUGACCUUUGCCUUACAACUAUCUGAUUCUGUUUAUAUGGCUGAGGAGUUUCAAGCAACGGCAGCAAUUUGCGGCGGCGGAAGCGGUGCGUGGUGGAACUCGCCGAGGAGUGUUAUGUCUCCUUCGGAUCACUUCUUGUCUCCUUGUUUUGGAGCUGCAAUCACUUCCAAUGAUUUUGGCUCUCAAGAGAACAAUCUCAAAUCUAGGAUGAAUUGUACGGACAACAACAUCGUUUUUGGGCAGCGAGAGGCGGAUUCCGACAGUGGAGGAAGCACCGUGACGAUUGACUCGACGUUGCAGAUGAUGGGUCUAGGGUUUUCCUCAAACUCUUCUUCGGACUGGAACCAAACCAUUUUACAAGAAGAAUUAAACUCAAGCUUCAUAAGGAGCUCACAAGACCAAGAUCAUAGCCAAGGAUUCUUAUCCACAACUACUUCACCUUAUCUUCUUAAUCCAGCUUGUUCUUCAUCUUCAUCAACUUCUUCUUCCCCAAGCUUGUUACGAAGCUUUUAUGAUCCCGAAUCGAGUCCUUACAACUUUGUCUCCACCACUAGUUGUUCAAUCAACGAUCCCCAACUCUCUUGGACUAAUAACAAGACAAAUCCUCAGCAUCAACCUGCUUAUGGACUAAUUAACAACUUCCCUAACAACACAAACUCUCGACCCUUUUGGAGUUCUUCAUCAACCACUAACUUAAACAACACAACGCAGAACAGUUUUGUAACCACUCCACAGAUGAUCUCUACUCGUCUUGAGGACAAAACCAAGAAUCAGAAGGCAAGAGGUCAGAGCGAGUCUUUGAAGAGAGCAAAGGAUAAUGAAUCUGCGUCUAAGAAACCGAGAGUUACCACGCCUUCACCGUUGCCAACUUUUAAGGUGAGAAAAGAGAAUCUAAGGGACCAGAUUACUUCAUUACAACAGCUAGUUUCACCUUUCGGAAAGACAGAUACUGCGUCUGUUCUCCAAGAAGCUAUAGAGUACAUCAAGUUCCUUCACGACCAAGUCACAGUUCUAAGCACUCCAUACAUGAAACAAGGUGCCUCGAUCCAACAACAACAACAGAUAUCUGGCAAAUCGAAGAAUCAAGAUGGAAGCGACAAUCAAGAACUAAGAGCACACGGUCUGUGUCUCGUCCCGAUAUCAAGUACUUUUCCGGUGGCAAAUGAAACAACCGCCGAUUUUUGGACACCAACGUUUGGGGGCAACAAUUUCAGGUGAUUAAAGAGAGAAGGUUGUGGUUGUCAAGACGGAUGGGAACAUAUGCUAAAUUCAGCUUGAAGACUCUAAAGCAUCAUGACAAUAAUGUUAAUGUAUUUUCUUCUUCUUCUUCUUCUUUUUCUUCUUUUUUGUCUUUUGAUUUGAUAUUUCGUAGGGGGUUUAUUGCUGAAUUUAGCAGAUAUGGGUUGUUAUUAUGUUGAAGAACCUUUUGUUCCUGUCCUUGUUCUUGAAUAUAUAAAUAUACAUAUUUUUUUUCUGUUGGUG